AUGGCCCUCGCCCACGAACACCACAUCCGCCUCGCGCAGAAACUCCCCAGCCGCCUCCUCACCUUCUUCGCGCGGUACCCUCCGCCGGUCCUCCUCCAGCAACCCGCAACAACUCCCGCGGCACCAGAUGCAUUCUCCUCCCCCAAUGCCGCCGAGGCCGCCUCACCUACAGAACCAGCAACACCAACAAGCCACCAACCAACCACCACACCCCCCCAAACACACAACCCCUUCGCUCCCUGGCGCAACCCCACAACCUCGCGCUGGCGUCCCCCGGUCUUCUCCGCGCGCCGGCAAGCCGAGCUGGUCAAGCUGGCCGCGGCGCACGGGCUGGAGUCGCUGCUUCCGCCGACCGCUAAGGGGUCCGCUGAGCGGGCCUCGCGGCGGGAGGAGCACGGCUUGAGGGUCAAGGGCACGGGCGCGGGACAGAGGGUUAAGGGGAAGCUGUGGGAGAGGACGCUCAAGGGCCGCUUGGAGGGGCGGCGGAAGGCGAUGGAGGGGAUGCCGGGCAUGAUUGAGAUGUGGAAGCAGCGGGGACAUGGACGGGGGUGGAAGAAGUGGCCGAAAUGA